AUGUCAGAGAAGAGUGUUUGUAACCCAACCUGUGAUGACGAAAACAUUUCAGAGAAAGAACAGGAAGAAGUCCUCGUCUUUGAGACUGAACUGUUGUCCAGCACCGAUUCAUAUGAUGAUAUUAAAGUGCAAACAGAUGACAGUGCCUACUACGUCACAUGGACAGUUUACAUAGCUCUAGCCGUUCCACAGGGGGAAGUCAGUGCUCCUGAAGAUUCAGAGAAAGCAAUGAAAACAAAGAAUGUGUCGGUCCACAAAGCUCAGAGCUGCUAUCAUAUUGAAUACAAAUUGUUGCCAGGUGAUACUGAGACGGUUAAAGUGGACAUACUAGUAUUUGGGCCGGCAGCAAAAAUAUACAGAGAAGACAAGUGCAAGAUUCUAAGAACGUGGCUUGAGGGAGAUCAGAUUUGGGUUGGCUGGGCCCAGAAGUUUAACAUCGGACUCAACAGGGAUGUGCUCAUCAGUCUUCUAUCUCAUAAGAUCAGGCUUCAGAUUUGGAACACUAAGGAUAAACUGUGCAGCCAAGCCCGCUACGAAAGAGUCAGAGCCUUCAGACUGUCACAGGAGCUGUCUGAGGAUGACACAGAGUGCGGUUUUGAAAAAACCACGAGUGAUUAUCAUGACCUCGAGGCCAUCAGAGAUAGUGGCACUGCAUCAUUUGAAAUGAGCCCUGUUUGUUUGUUGGCAGGUGAGAACUCACUGACUGAGAACAUCCCAGUCUGUUCUUCUGGUGUUUUUGAGAUCAUCUUCAACAUUUCUUUGGAUGAACCACUGAUGUCAGACCAACUGAAGGCUGAACUCAAUCCACUUGUUAUCACAAUUUUGUCAGCCACUUCACUGCCUUCAUCGUCAGUGCCUUUUCACAUCCUACAGGAGAAAUGUAUGCCCGUUUAUUGCCAGUAUAAGUUCCAUAAUUUAAAUGAACACAGGACAAACUAUCACAAGCAGGACACCAACAUCUACUUCAGAGAUGUGAAUGUAAUCUUGACUGGUUUGGUGAGUCGUAAAGAGCUGUACGAGUUCCUAUCCGGUCCACCUCUGGAGAUAGAGGUUCAUGAUCGUGACCAAAAAUCGGAAGCGCUGAAAACGCAGACACUUGGGACUGCUUCAGAGCAUGACAUCCAGUUCGGUGGAUCGGUAUUACAGCAGAAGUCUUCAGCCAUUAAUCCUCAUGGUAUUGCGAAACUAAACCUCUCUGAGCUACUGCUGGGAAAGAAAAGUCUAAAGGUGUGCUUGCCAAUUAAAUGCAGCCCUUUGCUACUGGACAGGGAGCGAAGCCCACACAAGAGGAAGAUGUCAGAGAAGCCAAUGCCACAAGGCCAUUAUUACGCUGCCAAUUCUCAACUCAAAGUCAAAGUCGAGAUAACUUGCCCACUCAGUGUUCAGAAUGACAGCUGUGAUGAGGACUCCUGUAAGGGUCUGUUUGGCCGCAUUGUCUACCUCUUUGGAUACAGCAACUCCUCUGCGAUGACCAAGCUGAGGUCGGAGAUACUGCAAAUCAAUGCGGCAGCUUUCCAUCUGGGCUCACGCUCAGUGGAAAACAUAGAGACAGCCCUGUCAAAUUACCAAAUGAAUUUCGAGCACAGUGAGACCAAGGAUCUGGAUUUUGUUUCAGGGUUUCAUGUGAUAGAUAAGAAGACCCACAUCUUUGUCCUUGAAGGGCUCAAACAAAAAACAGUGAAGAGACUCUGGGAAGCCAUUCCUAUGAAGCUACGUGGGAGUGAGGAGGAGCAGGUGACAGUGCUAUAUAAUUCAAACCUGGCUUUCUUCAGACGCAUCUAUGACUCACUAGACAUGAGCCUCAGUCCUAUCCAUCUGAGUCAGUCACUGGAGACCAUCAUGAAAAAGUCUCAGAUCUACGUUAGAGGCACGAUCCCCCAACCCUGCUUUCAGGCUUUGUCAAGGUUAAGCCAGCUUUGUCAAGUGAAGCAGCUUAAAGAGGUGGUGGAGUACAACCUGUUCCCCUCAGCUGACAUGAUUCUCAGCUUGAGCAGUGUAUUUGGUUUAUAUGCUGAGAAGAGGGAGCAAAAGGUUUGGGCAAACACUGAAGGGAGCAUUCCCACUCUGCCUAUCAGGAUGAAAAGACAUGGGCCCAUCAGCACACAUAACACAGAGUACAUCACAUGGAAACAGAACAGGCCUCUCCAACAGCUGAAAGACUUUGUUCAGGAAAAUAUUAAAAAGGUGCAAGAGCAGAGAGAGCAGUUGCAGAAGCCAGAGGCUGCAGUGUUAAGGAUAGACAUGGCUGCAGGAAGAGCAGCACACAACUACAGCAUCCAGACCUUCAACUCAAAUGAGCGAGCUAGGGAACUGCUCUGCAAAAAGAUGGCCAAGGUGCCCGGGCGCAGGUUUACCUACAGUCAACGGUAUAACAGUGCAACAGUGGAACCGGGAGACAUUCCAUGGAAAACCAAUGCUAGAUCUUCUUCUACAUCUACAUUUUGGAAUAUUAGCACGAGCAAGUCCAAAGUGCACCCUAACCACCCAGAUGAAGCUCGUGUGGAAGAGCUGAGAAAGCCGUGGAGGGAGAACAUCCUACAUGCCAACACACUGAAACCCACACUUUCACGCGACGCAUGGCCCUGGACUCAACACUCGGAGGACUUUGAGCUCUACAGGAAACCUCCCCGAUUGUUCAGCACCUCUCCCGUGACCAUCUACCUGGCUGGAGAUCGUCUACAGCAGGAACAGCUCCAAGCAGCCAGAGCUCAGUACAGCCGCUGGAAGAAGCAGCUGCUUCCUGACGGCAGCAACGUUAACUCAGCAGACAACAGCCCCGUCCAACAAUUCAAGUGUCACAUGAAAGGAAACCUGGAGAGAACUCAGGAUAUACUGAAAGAUCUGCCAAAGAAAUAUUCACUGAGGAAACCAGGCAUGAUGCUUAAGGUACAGCAUUUCCACUCAUUCCAAGUGGCACUCAGAAUUCAGUACAAAAGAGUACAGCUCAACAACAUGAAAAGCCUUCAGAAUAACCAUGCAGACAACUAAAACCGAUCAUUAAGGGAAAGUUGAGGUCAGAACUCUUGUAUGUGACUGGAUUAGCUUAAGCUAGAGGCACUUAACAAACGAGCAGCUAGGUGUGUUUAUUCAUGACUAUAAAAUGUUUUAUUUAUUUCACAGACCUGCAUUUGU